AUGGUUUCAGAAGAUCAACAACUUCACGUAAUGUUCCUUCCUUACGUGGCACCAGGUCACAUGAUGCCAAUGGUGGACAUGGCCAGGUUAUUUGCUGCAAAUGGCAUCAGGGUCACCAUUUUAACUACUACAAAGAAUGCUCUUUCUUUUCAGAAUUCCAUCGCUCGAGAUGUUCGAUUCGGGCAGAAAAUUUCCCUCGAGAUCCUUCGUUUCCCUUCUGUAGAAGCCGGCCUACCUGAAGGCUGUGAAAAUUUGUACGAUGCUACAUCACCAGAAAUGCACAAAAGGUUCUUUCGCGCCCUGGAACUACUCCGACCGGAAUUUGAACAUCUCUUUCGUCGAAACCAUCCUCAUUGUAUUGUUUCUGACAAUCUAUAUACAUGGACAUUUCAACUUGCAAAUGAACUCGGCAUUCCAAGGCUUGCUUUUAGUGGCAGUGGAUUCUUUAAUCUUUGUAUCUCGCAUAACAUUGAUCGGUAUAAGCCUCAUGAUGAUAUCAAACUGGAAACCGAAGUUUUUAUCGUUCCAGGCUUGCCGGACAAAGUGAAACUCACAAGAUCACAGCUUCCGGAUAUUGUUAAAACCAAAAACGAAUUCUCUUCUUUGUUUGAAGAGAUCAAGAAAGCAGAGAGGGACAGCUUCGGGGUGUUGGUUAACAGCUUUUAUGAUUUGGAGGCAGGUUAUGUCGAUCAUUUUAGGAAAGAUAUCGGAAUCAGGGCGUGGUCUAUAGGCCCUGUGUCAAUGUUUAAUAGAGAUACAGAUGAUAAAAUUGAAAGAGGGGGCAAUAGUUGUGUAUCUAAACACAGUUGCCUGAGUUGGCUUGGUUCCAGGGAAGCCAAUUCAGUUCUCUACAUCUGUUUCGGAAGCUUGACAAGAUUCAGCAAAGCCCAAAUUAGAGAAAUAGCUUGCGCACUUGAAGAAUCAGGACAUUCCUUUAUUUGGGUCGUCGGAAAAGUUUCAGACUCUAAAGAUUGUGAUUUCUGGUUACCAGAGAGAUUCCAGGAAAAUGUAAGUGGAAAAGGACUGAUUAUAUGUGGCUGGGCACCGCAAAUUUUAAUACUUGAGCAUCCGGCCAUUGGAGGAUUCUUAACACACUGUGGUUGGAACUCAAUUGUGGAAGGGGUGAGUGCUGGUGUACCAAUGGUUACUUGGCCUGUUUUCGCGGAGCAAUUCUACAAUGAGAAGCUGGUAACACAAGUGAUUAAAUUUGGAGUUCCGGUAGGCAAUGAGUUUUGGAAGAUUUGGGCGACGGAUGAAUCACCUUUGAUAGAGAGAGAUAAGAUCAAGAAGGCUAUUUGUGCAGUUAUGAGUAAUGAAGAUGAAGCAUUAGAGAUGAGGAAUAAAGCGGAUCGCCUCGGGGAAUUGGCAAAGAAAGCUGUUGAAGAAGGGGGGUCAUCUUACAAUGGCAUGAAGGAUCUAAUUCAGGAAAUCAAAAUGUACAAAAAGGCGUGA